AUGAUGACCCUUCAGACUAGAGCGCCUGAACCGGGUGGUGCCGCGGUGGCUUGCCGAACAGUUCAGAAGCCUCUGCGUUGCUUGACGCCGGACGACGGGUACUGUAGCCCGGUUUAUAAGACCUCCGAAGAAUUCGGCCAUCUCCUCCUGGCCAUGAACGGCAAUGAGGCCAUCGAAGGAGCUUCGGUUCCGCAGUCGCCGAAUGCCAAGAAAGUCUACAAGCUUGUCCUGACUGGCGGGCCGUGUGGUGGGAAGACGACUGGACAAGAACGUGUUGCCACCUUUUUCGAAAAUAUUGGCUGGAAGGUGUUCACAGUUCCGGAGACGGCCACCGUACUGCUUGGCGGUGGUGUUAAAUUUGCAGAAUUGACCACCCAACAAUCCUACGAGUUCCAGAAGGACUUGUUGAAGACGUUGGUCAGGAUUGAGGAUGUCUUCUUCAACCAAGCCGCUCUAAUUGCCGACCGAAACGUACUGAUCAUCUGCGAUCGCGGCGCAAUGGACCCUUCUGCAUAUAUUGACCCGGUCGGCUGGAAGAAGAUGCUCGACGAGUGCAGCUUUGACCAGUUCAGCCUGCGGGAGGACCGCUAUAAUCAGGUAGUGCACAUGGUAACUGCCGCCGAUGGAGCUGAACAAUUCUACACCUUGUCCAACAACAACACCAGAAAAGAGGGAGUUGUCCAGGCGAAGAAUCAAGACGAACUGACCCGACAGGUCUGGAUCGGUCACCCCUACGUCGACAUCGUCGACAACACCAACUGCAAAAGCUUUGACGACAAAAUUCUGAAACUCAUCGAAGCGGUAUGCUACCGUAUUGGAAUCUCGGUUGGAGAUCGUCUACACAAGAACUCAAAGAAACGAAAAUGGCUGGUCAGGGCGUUCGACCUCUCCCACUUCCCAAAAUUCGAGGAGUUCAAAGUUACGCAUGAUUAUUUGUUGAGCGACAACAAUUCGAUUCAGGUUCGGAUCCGGACAAGGACCCAGAACAACCGAACAACAUAUACCAUCACCUCGCGGCAUAUUAGGAAUGAUGAGACGGUGGAGACGAGGAUGAAAAUUAAUGAGCGAGAGUAUCAGAGGUAUCUAACGAUGAAAGAUCGAGGUCGUGCCACCAUUCACAAGCAGAGGAGAUGUUUUUCAUACGGGAAUCAGUACUUUAAUCUUGACGUCUACGUCGAGCCCCUGCCUCCAGCCUCCCACGGACAAAUCAUGAUCCUGGAGACGUACACGACAAAUGUCGGCGAGACGACCCUCCCCCAUUUAUGGAUGUUGUUAAGGAGAUUACAGGCGAUCCGCAAUACAGCAUUGCUCACCAUCGAUUCGGUCAGCUUCAUCGGGCCUGUGUCGAAUCGGAACUACAAACACACCAAAUUUGAGGGCCGCUGGAGCUUGAGAAUUUCGCCGCUGUCUCGCCACAAAUGCUGCCUGGGCUGUGUGAGUCUGCGCGAUGCGGUCCCCCUGAUUUGCGUGAUAGAGAUUAUUAUGAUGGCCUGGUGCGCCAUGUUCGCCAUUGAUUUUGCGGUCAACGACGGGGUGCUGUUUUUUACGCGUGAGUUGGAGGGGCGAGGACAACGGAUAUCUGCUUGCCUUUCGGUCUUCGUUGUCUGCUCCCUUGUCGUGUUAUCGCCGUCACCCUCUUUGCGUGGUAUUACAGAAGAAAAAGCUUUUAUGUGCUCCAUGUUCUUUGGCAGU